UCCUUUGUUCAUUCACUUAACUCCCUUCACACCAGAUUAUUCAAUCACUAACUUUUACUGUAAGCAUUGCAUGUGUUGUAUUUCUGAACCCAGAUAGGCCGACUGCCCCUCUUACACUCCCUCUCUCCCUCCCUACUACCCCCCCUCCUUGUCCGCCUUGUUUUGUCUUUCUCCAAUCUCUUUCCCUUCUUUCUUCUUUUUCUGUGUUUGAAUGGAGAAGCUGGGUUCCCUGGAACCUGCACACCCUUCCUUGGGUGCAGGACACGUUGCUGGGCUUUCUGUUGCCAGGAUGGCAGGGACUGAGGGAGACGAGGCGGCUGUCAGCUCUAAAUUGUUUAGGUGUGCGUGUGUGAGACGUUGGCUACCACUGGCCUACAGAGAAGAACUCUACCAAGUAUUAAGGCUCACGGGCCCACUGCUGCUGUCCCGGAUUCUGUACUUUCUCGUGCCUUUUAUUAGCACCAUAUUCUGUGGUCACAUUGGCAAUGCUGAACUGGCUGGAUAUGCACUUGCCUCAUCGACCAUUGCAAUAACCACAACUGCAACAGGCUAUGGCCUUGCCUUGGCUUGUGACACACUAAUUUCUCAGACAUUCGGCAGUGAGAACAUGAAACGUGUGGGAGUUAUUCUCCAAAGGAGCACAUUGAUCCUGCUGUUCUUUUGUCUGCCCUGUUGGGGUCUUCUCAUCAACACUCAGAAAUUGCUCCUCAUCUUGUACCAAGAGAAUGAGGUGGCAAGAAUUGCCCAGCUCUAUGUGAUAGCAUUUCUACCAGCUGUUCCAGCCAUGUUCCUGCACAUGCUGCAAGUUGCCUACCUACAAAACCAAGGGAUAAUUCUACCUCAGUUGUACACAGCGGCAGCAGCAAACAUUUUUAACCUGGGGGCCAACUACGUCUUAAUCUUCAGCCUUGAGUUGGGUGUGGUUGGAUCAGCAAUUGCUCACAGCCUCUCUCAGAUAGCCAUCUGCCUGCUGUUGUUUGGAUACAUCCGAUGGAAGAAGCUCCAUCAGAAGACAUGGGGAGGCUGGUCCACAGACUGCCUGCAGGAGUGGGGCUCCUAUAUGAAGCUGGCUAUUCCCAGCACAUUCAUGGUCUGCUUUGAAUGGUGGAUCUGGGACAUUGGAGGUUUCCUUGCUGGUGUGCUUGGAGAGGAGGAUCUUGCUGCCCAGCAUGUGUUAAUGGAACUAGGGACAUUAUCAUAUAUGUUCCCUCUAGGUGUCCAUGCAGCUGCCUGUGUGCGUGUUGGGAAUGCUCUGGGGGCCGGGAAUACUACCAGGGCCAUACUAACCUGCAAAGUGGCCCUUGUGCUGUCAGGAGUGCUUGCUGUGUUCCAGGGUAUUGUCAUUGCUGGCUGUAAGUCCGUGCUUGGCUACAUAUUUACCUCUGAUGAAAAAAUAGUGGAGAUUGUCUCAGAGAAUCUCACAGUCUACACAUUUUUACAAUUCUUUGAUGCACUUCUGUGUGUCUGCUCAGGGAUUCUAAUAGGAUCUGGGAUGCAGAAAAUUGCUGCCUUGUCCAACUUGGUGUGUUACUACUGCAUUGGUCUGCCAGUGGGAAUAGCUCUGAUUUUUGCUGCCAAGCUCAGAAUAUUAGGCUUGUGGCUGGGUCUCUUAACAUGUGCAUUCUUAGAGACGGGUUUCUUCCUCUUUCUAAUCUACAAACUCAACUGGAAGAAAAUAACACACAAGGCUGUCUUGCGAGCUGGAAAGAAAGUGGUGUUGAUACCAAAGCGCCCUAUUAGUACAUUGAUUAAUGAAGAGAUAGUGCCUGACAUCUCUGACUGCCCAAAUACAGCCCAGUUGGACACAGAAAAAGCCCUUAAAGUAGAUGGCUACAGUCCAGUCAACACCCAGGAUCAGGAGUUGAAGGCCAGUCAUGAGGCUGAGGAAUACAACACAAAUAAAAGAGGAGCUGAGGGGGAUGCUGACCUGAGCAAAAAGACUUCAAGCCCCAAACCUCAAGCAGGGCUGUCUGUUUCUGAGCUGAUCUUGCGCCGGGGACUCACCUUCUUGGGUUCAGUUCUGAUUUUGGCCAUAGGUGUUGCUUUCCACAUUGCUUUCCCUGUACCGGAGCCCUCUGCUCACAGCACGGCCAACUUUACAUUGAAUUGGGCUAAUGACUCCAGUCCUACACCACUGGUCCCAACCCCAAACCGCUGAGCUAUCUAUGACCUCCGAAUGAAGACGUCUAGUGGAAGAAUUUAGAUCUCUUAGGGAAAUAAGUGUUGAAUUCAUAGUCCACUCAUAGACCUGGGUGUUCAUUUUGUAAAACUACAGCCUGCCGUGAGCCUUUGGAUUGGAAUUGUUUAGAGAAAGAUAUCUCAGUGCUGCACUGCUGAGCAAAUCCACAAAAAGCUGGAAUAAAUGUCAGAUGAGUCUAAGACUGGCAGGAUGAACAAAGGACUUGUUACAAAGUUAAUUUUUUUACCUGCUCCGCCUGAAUUGCCCAACUGGGACUACAAGACACAUUCUAAAUCCCUCACUAAGUAACCACGUGUGCAUU